GUUUGUGUGACCCGGAAGUGUUUCUUCCGCUGGUGACGGAGAAAGGAAACCAGAGAGCACAGGAGGUUGAAGGUGGCCGUUGGGCACUGUUUAUAGUAUGCAGCGAUUACUCUUUACGCCCUUGACGGCCUUGCUGGGGAGCCCGUGUCUCCGGUUCCUGGUUCCUAGAGUGGCGCCUAGAACACAGUGUGGUUGCAGUUGUGGAAUCAGGCGCCCCUUGAGGCCAGGGCAAUACAGCACUAUCUCCGAUGUAGCUUUGCAACCUGGAAGGGGUACAGUGUCUCUCCCUUCAAAGGCUGCUGAGCGGGUGGUGGGCCGAUGGCUCCUGGUCUGCAGCGGGACAGUGGCUGGAGCAGUUAUUCUUGGUGGAGUAACAAGGUUGACAGAGUCUGGCCUCUCAAUGGUAGAUUGGCAUUUAAUAAAGGAGAUGAAGCCACCCACAAGCAAAGAGGAAUGGGAAGCAGAAUUCCAAAAAUAUCAGCAAUUUCCAGAAUUUAAAAUCUUGAAUCAUGAUAUGACGCUGGCGGAAUUCAAGUUCAUCUGGUACAUGGAGUACUCACACCGAAUGUGGGGUCGCCUUGUAGGCCUCGCAUACAUCCUGCCUGCUGCUUACUUUUGGAAAAAGGGCUGGCUCACCUGUGGCCUGAAAGGACGUGUUCUUGCCCUCUGUGGUUUAGUUUGCUUCCAGGGCCUGUUGGGAUGGUAUAUGGUAAAAAGUGGAUUAGAAGAAAAACCAGAUUCCCAUGACAUCCCUCGAGUCAGUCAGUACCGCCUUGCUGCCCAUCUGGGAUCAGCCCUUGUGCUCUACUGUGCCAGCUUAUGGACCUCGCUCUCCUUGCUGCUUCCUCAGCACAAGUUGACUGAGACGCAUCAGCUCCUGCGGUUGAGACGGUUUGCUCAUGGAACUGCAGGCCUGGUGUUCCUUACAGCUCUCUCAGGGGCUUUUGUGGCAGGGCUGGAUGCUGGACUUGUUUACAACUCCUUCCCCAAGAUGGGAGAAUCUUGGAUCCCAGAGGAUCUCUUUACCUUCUCCCCUCUCCUGAGGAAUGUUUUCGAGAAUCCCACCAUGGUGCAGUUUGAUCACCGGGUUCUGGGCAUCGCUUCAGUUACUGCCGUUACAGUACUCUACUUCCUCUCCCGAAGAAUUCCCCUUCCUCGAAGGACCAAGAUAGCAGCCACCACUCUGCUAGCUUUGGCAUAUACACAGGUGGGCUUGGGCAUUAGUACUCUGCUGAUGUAUGUCCCAACUCCUUUGGCUGCCACUCACCAGUCGGGCUCCCUGGCUCUGCUCAGUGUUGCCCUUUGGCUCAUGAAUGAACUCCGAAGAGUCCCAAAAUAAUUCUCAGAGGAUCAGCUUCCUAGGACUGAAACGGUGCUUUUGAGAGAUCAUCAGCACAAGACUUGGAGCUUUUCUGAGAGGAGGACCUUGGCAUACCAGGUGGUUUCCAAGUUGGUCAAGUUAUUUAAAUUCUUUGCCUGUUUUGGGGACAAUCUACUGGAUCAAGCAAGUCAUUAAGUGUGGUUAUGUUUAAGGUUCCUUUUUAAAUCUGUUGAAAAUCAGAUUUAACGUAGAGAAAGAAUUGUCUGUCAUUUGCUUCUUAACAGGUUCUGUGUCAGUUUUCUCAAAUGUUGACAAGCUGUUGGUUCUACAUGCAUAAUCUCUGUUUCCUUGACCUGAGUUCUGGAUUCUGCCUGAGUAGAAAUUCUUAUGAUCUCAACUGUACUUCCAUCAGGUAGAGAUUCAAAUGGAUGGAUUGGCAUACCCUAAAGUCAGAUAGGCUUCAGCAAGAAAUAGCUGUUUUCUUCUAGUGUCUUGAUUUUCAAAACGGGGGAAAGCACUAACUCGUUUCUCUUGUGAUAGGGCUGUUAAUCAUCACUACAUGAGAUGAAUGGAGAAUAGUAUAAAUCAGUUCCUGAAAGGGUUUCCUAAGAGCCUUAUGGAUAAGAAAAAUACAGUCUUGAUGGUGUAGUACAUGGACAUCUCUUUGUUUAUUUAAACAAAUGACUGACUAAUGAAUUGGUGUGAUUUUGGCCUCUGUUGAUAGUUCACAGGGCUCUGUCUUAUUCAACAUUUUUAAAUCAGCAAUUUGGAUGAAGGCAUCACAAAGACCAUAUUUGAGGAUGGAGCAACCCAACAUUGCUGAUACAAUAGAUGACAAUCACAAAACAGCUCCAGAGUGACAUCUUCAAGAUGAAAUUAAACCAGUCAUAAAUGUAACAUCUUCAUUUAAAUAGGUUAUGUAAGUUUAGGAUAGAGAAAACGAGCUUAUCAUCUUCAUCUAAGAAAAGACUGAGGGACUUCAGUUGGACACAGGCUGAGUAUGAACCACCGUGAGAUGACGCUGGUAGAAACGAGUGCUGUUGAGAUUCUGUGACUAGAAGUGUCACAGCCAUAGUCAGAACACCACACCGCAAGUGCUGCAUUGUAUUCUGGGUACUGCAUGUUUUAAGGAGGACGCUCACCAGCAUGCAUGUAUCAAGAGGCAGGAACCAGGACAGCAGGGAGUCCAGAACCCGUUUCACACCAGGAAUACUUGAAAGAACUAGGAGUAUUCAGCUGGAGAACAUUUAGAGAGACAGCAAGAAUCUUGCCCUUGACAAGUUGAAGCCCCUUCUUGCAGAAGGAAUGAGCUUCCUUUGUGCUGCAGAGCUGCGAGCAGUGGGUAAAAGUUGUAGAAAGUUAGUUUUUAGUUUUGUAGAAGGUAGGAGCCACCUGGACCAAAUCAGAUGCCUGCUAAGGCAGGCUGGUGCAAACAGGUGAACCAGAGAGCAGGUGCCCGUCAAGGGGCUAAACCUCUGCUGAGUGCUAACCUGUUGCUGCUCUGCGGGUCCAGUUGUGAGAUCGGACUUUUCAGACAAACCAAACAUCCAGAUUUUUAUGUGAAUGGUCUCAAGUUUUUUAGAACAUUAUGCAGGCUAAACAGAUCUGGGAGCCAAAAAUGACGUUAAGAUGUGCCCCUGUACAGCUGCUAGACUGAUGAUCACAGUUCCCUUUCAACUCCAGUAUCCUCUGGGUUUCAGUGUGACCAACAGUGUAUCAUCCUCAAGUGGUUCUUAGCAAAAUAGAAGUAGCAGUUUGUCUUUGAUUUUUUUGUUAAUAAAAAUCCUGGCCAGGAAACAGCUUUUGCUGUUCCCAGAAGUGGUUCCCAGCUUCUCUCACAUUAGAAUCUUUCAGAAUCCUGACCCUAGCCUUAGCAAUGAUCAGUUAAUUCACAAUCUCUGAAAGCCAUAAUUAGCAAAUUCCUUGGGUGAUUCUGAUGUGCUGACAAGUUUGGGAACCACUAGUAGCCCUAGUAGCCUACUUACGUUAGAAAGUUCUGACCAGCUUAUUCCCAUUCCCUCCAAAUUUCCACCUCACCCGAUCUCAUUUAAUCCACUGUGUUGAUACUGGUUAGUGCGUCAGCGGGGUAUCACCUCUUCCAGAUAGAAUUCUCUAAAGACAGCCAGCUGCAGUCACUAGGCAGGUUCCCAAACUAUCAUCUCCUGAUCCCCAAAUUAAGGUUGUUCUUAGUUAAUAAUUGAGUCUGGAGAGGGCAAUCUGAUCCAACUCAAAGAACCAUAUGCUAAUGAUGCUACUGUUCCCUCCCCCCCCCC